GAUUUUGAGAUACAGCAGCGGGAGGAAACGAAACGAGCGAUGGCGGACGACAACAAGAAUGCGGAAAUCCCGCUUCCGGCUUUACCAGAAGGGAUUGUGAAAGCUCUUGAUCUUACACUGAUUUCACAGGGCGCCGAGGCGCUCGUUUUCUUCUCACAGAGUCAUCCGUUCAUUCCCACACACGAAGCAAUCACGAAUUCGCCAGGAUUUUCGGCAGGAUAUAUACUGAAAUACAGGCCGCCGAAGCCGUAUCGUCAUGCGCUGCUAGAUGCGCAGCUGACGAAGCACCGCACGCUGUCAGAGGUGCGGAGUCUUUAUAAGCUGAUGCUUGCGGGUGUGAAGGUGCCGGUGUUUGUGUCUGUCGAUCCGCGGCAAGGGAUAAUCUGGAUGGAGAAUAUCAGCGGGCCGAGUUUGAAGAAGUGGAUUUGGGGAAACGAGGAGGUUAUUGAUAGUCAAACUGAAGAUGAGGCUGGUCGCGCAAAGCUACGGGAGGAGAAGAUUAAGGGUACGCUGCUCAGUGUAGGGAGCGAAAUUUCGAAAUUGCAUUUUAUGGACAUGGUGCAUGGGGACUUGACGACGUCGAAUCUGGUGUUACGCAACAAAAAUGAAGGAGAGAUGGAGCCGGUUAUCAUAGAUUUCGGGUUAUCUUCACAGUCGACGCUACCGGAAGACAAGGCUGUAGAUCUCUACGUGCUCGAGCGAGCGUUUGUCUCCACGCAUCCGAUGCACGCGGAGGAGUAUAUUGGAUGGCUGUUGGAGGGCUAUGUGGCAGGAUUUGGACGGGGGAAGAAGACUGGUGUGUUUAAAGUGCGCGAGAUUAUGAAGAAGCUGGAGGCUGUAAGAUUACGAGGGCGGAAACGCAGUAUGGUGGGCUGAUGCGCAAAGUGCUUGGGACUAAGCUGGUUAUAU